AUGGAUGAAGAGUUUCUCGAGCAAGGGAAGAAGCGAGUCCGGAACCCUUUUGUCCCCAUUGGUGCCCUCGUUACUGCUGGUGUGCUAACAGCUGGGUUAAUCAGUUUUAGACAAGGUAAUUCUCAGUUAGGUCAGAAGUUAAUGAGGGCUCGUGUUGUUGUCCAAGGUGCCACUGUAGCGCUCAUGGUUGGAACUGCCUUUUAUUAUGGGGAAAAUCCAUGGCGAACGAGUUAA